AUGAAAAACAAAUGGGACAUUAUGCGGAAAGAGUUCAAAUAUUAUAACCGUUUAACAAGACUAGAAACGGGAAUUUCAACUGAUCCCAUGAAAAAUAUAAUCUCAGCAUCAAAGGAAUGGUGGGAUGAGAAAAUAAAGACAUAUUAUGAGGCUUUAUUUCGGGAUACUAUAGAUGUUGGGGAAACAAUCCAUAGACAUUUUCAUAAAGUCUUGGAUGAUGUGGUUAACCUAAGUAAGGACAUCAUCAAACCCAAUGCUAACUACAACGAAACUAUACCAGAAUAUAUUUUAAAUAACCCUCGGUAUUAUCCAUACUUCAAGGAUUGUAUUGGUGCCAUCGAUGGAACACACAUGAAGGCCUCUGUUCCGCAACAUGACCAAAUCAAAUACAUUGGACGAAAGAAUUGUGUUACUCAAAAUAUUAUGGCAGCAUGUGAUUUCAACAUGUGCUUUACCUUUGCGUGGGCUGGAUGGGAGGGGACUGCACAUGACACAAGAAUUUUCAAUGAAGCGCGAAGGAGACGUGAAGUUAAGUUUCCACUUCCAGCUGAUGGUAAGUUUUACCUUGUAGACGCCGGAUAUCCUAAUACAAAAGGUUAUCUUGCUCCCUACAAAGGUUCAAACAUCCGUUAUCAUAUUCCUGAUUUUCGAGGUGGACAGACUCGUGCCUCGCGGGAACCAAAUGGCUUCAAAGAAAAAUUUAACUACUAUCAUUCGUCACUUCGCAAUGUAAUUGAACGAACUUUUGGAGUUUGGAAGGCUCGAUGGGUGUUACUAAGAGAUAUGCAUGUAAAUUUCAACUUCGAGACCCAAGUAAAAAUUGUGCUAGCUUCAAUGGCAAUUCACAAUUACAUUAGAAUGAGCGGUAGUUGUGAUGCAGCAUUUCAAAUAGCGCAAGAAGAAUCUUAUAUUCCGCGCAAUGAUGAAGGGCCCGAUGAUGGUAUUGAGCCACAUGACGAAGUAUCAAGUACACAACGCAGAAGUGACGAUAUGUAUAUGAGUGCAGUACGCGAUAUGAUUACGGGACAAAUAUUCUCAAAGUCAAACACCCGUGCACGUAACAGCGUAUGA